AUGGGUGCUGCCGGUAAACGCGGAAGAGAUAAAAUCUCAGCUCAAGCAACGACGAUACAAUCAGUUGUUAGCAGUACUGACGAUAAUAGUAAGGAGACUGCAAGGAACUCUAGGAAGUCGAGAUCGAAGACUCUGGACCUCAAGUCUAAUCUUCAAUUGAAAGAUCAAGACACGGAUACUGAAGAAAGUGAGUAUGAGGGACUAGAGGACGAGGAGGAAUCGGAUGGUCAAGUAGGGGAGGCCGAAGCGUUUGGUUUGAACGAUGCCUCUGCGGAUGAGAAUUCUAAUAGUGAAGACGAGAAUGGUGAUACAUUAGGCGUGACGAACAGUAAAGGUGAUGCUCAAUCAGAUGGGGUAGAGGACAGUGUUGAAGAGUUCAGUGGGAGUGAGGGGGAACUUGGCGAGGACUUCGAUGAAGAAAAUGAAGAUGCGUACACGCGCAGAGGCGGGUGGGCUGGAUACGAGGAUAGUGACUCGGAUGACGAGAUACCUGCCAAUACAGUGGGCAAUAUCCCUCUGGAAUGGUACGAUGAUUACGAGCACGUGGGUUAUGAUUUGGAUGGUAAAAAAAAUCAUCAAGAGCGGGAUGCGGGGUGA